AUGGGCCACCUUCCUCGGGACCGAGUGACGCCAACUCGACCUUUCUUGAGCACUGGACUGGACUACGCGGGACCAAUUUCCAUCCGGACCAGCAAGGGACGCGGACACCGCUCACAGAAAGGAUACAUCGCGGUCUUCGUCUGCUUUUGGUCGAAGGCCAUCCAUCUCGAGGUCGUCUCGGAUUACAGCUCCGAGGCCUUCAUCGCCGCCUUACGCCGCUUCGUCUCUCGCAGAGGACUGUGUACGGACGUCUACAGCGACUGCGGCACAACAUUCGUUGGCGCCGAUCGCACCCUGCGGGAGCUCUUCAAGGCGUCGACCUCCGAGGGCCUUCACAUCGCCCGCGCCGCCAACACUCAAGGGAUCCGCUGGCAUUUUAAUCCGCCAGCGGCCCCUCACUUUGGUGGUCUUUGGGAGGCUGCCGUGAAAUCCACUAAAUUUCACCUCCGCCGAGUAAUCGGCGACACCACGCUCACUUUUGAGGAGCUUAACACACUCCUCACACAAAUCGAGGCGUGUCUUAAUUCUCGUCCGUUGCAGGCUCUGUCGGACGACCCAGACGACACUUCAGCACUCACUCCAGGGCACUUUAUCAUCGGCGCGCCUCUAUUAGCUAUACCUGAGCCGUCACGGAUCGGACAAUCAUCAUCCACGCUGUCACGCUGGCAUCACCUGCAGCUGAUGCGAGACCAUUUUUGGCAGCGGUGGUCGGCUGAGUACGUGCACGGGCUCAACCCCCGCACUAAAUGGGUCAAGGCCGAGGCCGCACCUCACGUCGGAGACCUUUGCAUCAUCCGCUCGGAGCUCACCCCUCCUACUCGAUGGCCUCUUGCAAGGAUCACGAGACUGCAUCCCGGGGACGACGGUGUCGUCCGCGUGGUCUCAGUACGCACCGCCACAUCCGAAUUCGUACGCCCGAUCGUUAAAUUGGUCAUGCUCCCGGGCGCGGAUCGUAUUCCGGACACGAAUAACGCGGACACGCCGUCCGCCGGCACGUAA